UGUUUGUUUUUUAUUCCGUCCGCUUUAAUUUACGUCGUGAAAAAAGCAAAGAUGGGAUACAAACUUCUCAUCCUGUUGGGUCUACUUCUGGGCGUCUUGUACAGUCUUCAUCUCCUCGUGAAGGAUUACCAGGCACUCACAGCGGGCAAAUUCCUGUGGAAGCUUCUUUUUAAAAGGGAUGUCAGCUCACAAAACUCAUACCAGUAUCACACCGUAAGAUGGAAAAAGAUAUUGGGUUACGACGCCAUACAAUGCGCCCGGUAUUUCUAUUGUGACCUCGGAGCGAAAGCAGACAAUGAGAUCCAAAAAGGUUUCGUCCAAAUGUUAAACUUACGGCCUCUCGAGGAAGAUAAGUCGUCGUUACAAGUUUUUCAACAAGCAUACGAACUUGGAAGGACGUCAGGAGUUGAGAGCUGUCACAAAGAAUAUCCAGUUUGCCCUUUUGAUGGGAAAGCGUUGUAUUAUAUUAUAAGAUAUUUAUUGCAAACUACAAAGUGA